AUGGCGCUACAAGGUCUACGAGCUGGCGAGUCGUCAGCGUGGAAGAAACUAGUACUACUACUUUCUCUUGUAGCCAUCAUGUGGCGCUCCACUUUGUUUCUUGUUUCAUUCUGGGGAUAUAUUGCUCAGUGUUAUCCCGCCACUUCAUCAUCUUAUCAAGGCACGCUUGGCUUGGAACGUCCAGAUGACUGGGAGAGAUACGUGCAAUCACCAGCCAGAAAUAUUGUCUCUCCAGUGGCCAUUGUCUCCAACUACACUCAGGGAAAUAUCACAAAUGUGGAUAGUCUACUGACAGGACAAGGUGUAACAACCUUGACCAGGAACGAUGGGGAUACUAUCCCUACAAUCGUCGUGGAUUUCGGGAGGAACGUUGUUGGAUUCCUCUCUAUACAGUUUGGAGGAGCGUACAACUCGACUCCAGGGAUCCCUAGCAUCAGACUAGCGUUCUCGGAAACGCUUGAAUACCUGACCAACGUGAGCGAUUUCUCGCGAUCAGACAAUCAAGAUGGACAAAAGACGACUCCGGGAUCUGAUCAGAUUGCUGUUGAAUCAGACCCGUACACCUGGACAGAUACUCAUGGCUGCGAAUUCGAGGGCACAAAAGUCUGUGCUGAUGGCCUUCACGGCUAUAGAUAUGUAAAGAUCUACAUGGAUGCUCUCCCAGCAGACGCUCCAUACACGACAUCCUAUGGCUCUGUUUCCAUUUCCUCGAUGAGCUUGAAUUUCACAGGGUUUCUUGGUACUCCAGACACCUUCACCGGGUGGUUCCAGAGCUCUGAUGAGCAGUUGAAUCAAUGGUGGUUUGAUUCCGUUUACACUAAUGACAUGUGCACCGACACGUUCCGAGAGAAUGAUACAGAACCGCGAGGAGCUUACAGUCCGACAUUAGACGGCAAGCUCGUUAUCCACGACGGUGCUAAGCGGGAUCGCGAUCCUUACGUUGGUGAUUUAGCUGUCUCUGCUCUAACAUCAUACUUGAGUCAUGAUGUUCCACAGGCUGCCCGCAAUGUUCUUGCGGAUCUUGGAGAUCAUCAGCGGUCGGACGGCUGGAUCCCACCAGCAAGCAUAAGAGACUAUACGCUCCCACUGCUUGAUUAUCCCUUGUGGUGGGUCGUUUGUAGUUAUGAUCUCUACAUGUACACUGGUGACACUGAGUACAUCACAAAUUAUUACCCGAAUAUCGUCAAGGUUCUAGAUACAUUCUACCCCUCCAUCACAAACACCACCACCAGCCUUCUCCAGAAAGGACUUGGAGUCUCCGCUGGUUACGGCGACUAUGCGUUCCUCCCUCGAACCGGUCCCGUGACCUACUACAACGUUCUCUACGUCCUCGCACUCAACCACGCUGCUUCGAUCGCGACCUUCCUCGGUAGUCACGAUGACGAUGCAUCACGCUGGACAGCAAGAGCCGAGAACGUUUCUGAUGCUGUGAAUGGCGAGCUCUUCGACACGUCUGUCGGUGCAUUCUGGGACGGCACCUGCGGGUCUUCUCCCUGCGCCACCCACGCCCAAGAUGGCAACAGCAUCAGCAUCCUCAGCAGCGUAGCAAACCACACGACCGCAACCUCCAUCCUCUCCUACCUCUCCAGCGCCAUGGCGCGCCCCUACGGAAACGCCUUCUACGACAACGACGUGCUUGCGGAAUCCUACUCCCAACGCGUCUACGCCUUCAUCUCAAUGUACGGCUGGAUGGCUAGCAACGAACCCGGAAUCACGGCCUGGGAAGGCAUCGGUCCCAAUGGCUCGAAAUACGAAGGCGCGUUCACCUCGCUUGCCCAUGGCUGGUCCACGGGCAUCGUGCCCGCGCUCACCAAUAACGUCUUGGGCGUCACGCCUACCGGCCCUGGCUUCUCGUCCUACAACAUUAAGCCCAUCCCGGGAGACGUGCAAUGGGCUAAAGGCGUGGUUCCUACCCCUCAAGGACCCAUCGCAGUCUACUGGGACAACAGCGCCUGGACGCAAGGAGUCUUUUUCCUGAGCGCCAGUGCGCCGGAUGGGUAUAAUGGCACGAUCUCAGUUCCGGUGACGAAUUCGAGCGUAUCGGUUUAUUUGAACUCGCGGCUCGUCUCGGGUGGGGAGACGGAUACUGGUGUCAAGGUGGUGGUGGAGGGGUCAUAUGCGAGUAUGUCGGUGAGUGGGGACGGGGAAAAUACCAUCACGGUUGGGUAUCAGGGAGGGGGGAAACGGGAGUUAUGA